AUGGGGUGGACUUCACUCUUUUCUUUCGCAAUCAUAACGUCUCUGUUUACCACGGCACUAUGUGGACAUGGCCUCAUUGGUUAUGGUCAGUGGUGGUAUGACCCAAAAUGUUGCUACGCGUGUCGCGGUGUUAUCUCGUCUGCUCCGCUCGACUGUCCUGACGGAAGUAUGGGUGGUAUGGGUAUGGAGAUGGACAUGACCAUGGCGUCCCCAACUGCGCCUUGUAUAUCCGAGAACAUUGCUUUCCUAACGACGCUUGCGUAUUGCAUCAACUCGACGUGUCGGGAAGAUCAUGUGCCAACUUGGAAGAUCGAGAAAUAUUGGGCCGACCAAGCCACCGGCGACCCUUCCAUUCUACCGAGAUGGACUUACGGCGCCACUCUCGCGAACAUAACCCAAACUCCCACUAAGAUAUGGGCAAGCGGGCGGGUGCUUAAUUUUACCGCUCUCCUUCCCCCUAGCGACUACGAAUACCAAAAGUCCUUCGAUGACCUCUUCGACUGGGAAGAACAUACACAGUCGACAUACGUAAUCGUUAUUAUUACCGUCGGUGUGGGAACGCCGUUGUUGGUGUAUCUCCUCGGCCAGCUUCCCUACAUGACUAGUGUCUCCGACGGGAUCAAACCGUACCUCGUGUACCCGUCUACUAUCAGCACAUAUGUCAUCCGGCCACUUCCACGGCUGUCGGGAAACGCACCAACAAUGGGUCAAGGCCUUUACAUCGGAAUGUUUGUCGCCCUCAACAUCGUACUAAGCGCUGUCUCGUAUCGAGGGUUUGGUCAGCCCGACCCGUGGGGCUUCACACCUUCCGGGGAAAUCAUGGCAUAUGUCGGAUAUCGAACUGGCCACAUCGCCUUUGCUCUGCUCCCCCUGACCGUGUUGUUCUCAUCUAGGAAUAACUUUCUGCUAUGGCUUACGGACUGGCCAUACUCGACAUUCUUAGUUCUCCACCGAUGGGUCGCACGUGUUUGUGCUCUCCAGGCUGUGGUCCAUUCUAUCACCCUCCUUUGCGCGUAUAUACCAAGCGGUGUCUAUUAUACAGACGUCCAUAAGCCAUAUUGGAUAUGGGGGAUUGUGGCUACCCUGUGUCUCGUAUUAUUACUUUUCCACAGUAUACUAUGGUUCCGUAGCAAGUCUUAUGAGACAUUCCUCAUACUCCACGUUCUUCUCUCGGUGUUCACGAUAGCAGGCUGUUGGUACCAUGUGAUGUACUGGAAGGGGUUUACCGGUAUCUAUGAGUACUGGAUCUAUGCCGUCAGCGCCGUCUGGUUCUUCGACCGUCUUAUACGCGUGCUGCGAGUCUGCAAAAAUGGUAUUCGCGAAGCCAAAAUAGCGGAAAUCGGCCCGGAUAUUGUUCGCGUGGAUAUUAGGGGGUUGCGGUGGACUUCAGAGCCUGGAUACCACGUUUACGCUUAUUUCCCCAAACUCAACCUCUUUCGCCCCUGGGAAAACCACCCGUUCUCGAUAAUCCACACCGCCAUGCUCCAUUCUCAGAAUCAUCAACUCCUCGGCAGAAACGGCAUCGUGAAUCACAAUCCAUCUGAUUUGAAGGAAGUUGAGGAGGGCAUGAGUAAGCCCGCGAAAGGGAACUCGGAGCCGAGCGCAGCUCCACCGGCAACCGACGCAUAUAGCGGGAUAACCAUGUACAUCAAAAAGCACGCCGGAAUGACGAGGUAUCUCCACAAUCACCGCAGCUUACCCGUCUUACUUGACGGCCCCUACCGUGGCAACGCGAGCAGGGAAGUAUUAAAAUGCGACCGCGUGUUGCUUAUCGGCGGCGGGAUCGGGAUUACCGGCUUACUCGCAUGGACAGACAGGCACCCCAACGUCAAAUUAGCCUGGAGUGCGAAAAGAGAAGCUGAGCCUCUAGCGACGGAUCUCGGCACGGCCCUCGGUAAAGUGGCUGACAAGGUGGUUCUAGUCGGCGAGAGGCUUAAUAUAAACGUGUUGUUAGCGCAGGAGGUAAGUUCCGGGUGGAAAAGAGUCGGUGUAGUCGUUUGCGGUCCUGCGGCGCUUUGCGACGAUGUACGAGAGGCGGUGGUAUCGUUUGGAAGAAGAGAGAAGACAAUCUUUGAGCUCGAGGUUGAUGCUUUUUCCUGGUGA